AUGAAAUAAACAUUGAAUUUCUAAAAUACUAGAUCUUUUGAAGAAAGGAAAAAUGAAUCUGAUAAUUGCAAAUAACUCUAUCCUAAUGAUGUAUUAGUAGUAGUGGAAUAAUCAAGUAAAAGUAAAUUACCAAAAUAAAAUUUUAUAAAGUAAUCUAAAUAUUUUAAAUAGAUUCAAAAUGCCAAACACAAUGACAAUUAUGAACGUUCUGUAAUACAUUAAAAGUAAAAUUAAACUUUCAUAAUAUGAUUCAAUUAAUUUGUAUUGUGGAAAGACAUUGUUGAGAAUAGGUAUUAAAAUAACAAUAAUUUUAAAGAUUAAACUUUAAAAGAAUUAUAUCAAUAAUUUAAAGAUUAAGAUGGCUUUCUUUAUAUUAAUUACAUAGAAAUGAAUUCAUUCGGUAUAUAAUUUUGA